UUGCCGAAAAGCCUCGGCCUGGGCUGCGUGCUGGAGAGCGGGAACGUGGCCGACUCACCAGAGGCGGCAGCAACCGGCCAACUUUGCUUUCCAGUCUCCUUCUCCGACAUCACUGAGGUGGUUUCCCACCGACUUCCUUUAGAUACAGCACCCGGAGGCACCGGGGUGAAGGGUCACGAAAAUGGCGCUGGCCGCUCGUCUGUUACCCCAAUUGCUGAUCUCUCGGUCGCUGCCCUGCGGGGCCGCCGGACUCGGGACUCCCCGUGCGGCCGAGGUGAGGCUGCCGUCGGCCGGACCUUGCUACCUUUGCCGCUGUCGCCUCGGCUCGGGAGCGGCCUCAUUUCCCCGAAGCGCUUGGGCCUCGGCGGCCUCGGUGCUACCUGCCCAGGGCUUCUGGCGGCCAGUGCUCAGCCGCCCGCGACUCCCCAUAGCCUUCGCUUCUUUCCCUGCCUGCUCUCGGCGCAGCUACAGCACGGAGAAGUCCCAGCAGCACCAGAAAACCAAGAUGAUCGUCCUGGGAUUCGCCAACCCCAUUAGCUGGGUUAGGACUCGAAUUUACGCCUUCCUUAUCUGGGCCUAUUUCGACAAAGAGUUCAGCAUCGCAGAGUUCUCUGAGGGAGCGAAGCAGGCUUUUGCUCAUGUAUCCAAGUUGCUGUCACAGUGUAAAUUUGAUCUGUUGGAAGAACUUGUGGCCAAAGAGGUGCUACAUGUAUUGAAAGAAAAGGUUACUUCACUACCUGACAACCAUAAAAAUGCCCUUGCUGCCAACAUAGAUGAAAUUGUAUAUACAUCAACAGGAGACAUCUCCAUUUACUAUGAUGAGAAAGGGGUCCUGAAACCAAUCCUCCAUGAAUUUCGAGGGAUCACUCUAUUUGCAUAUGUAUUGUGUGCCAGCCACACAGGAAAUGUAACCUCUGCUUAUACACUUCCCAAGGUAGAAGAAGAAGACUCUUGGUGAUGGUAAAAUUUUUCAUGCACACAUUAUUUUGAAACAUUUGUAAAGAUCUUAUGGUGAUAAAUACUUUCUUCUUCCCUAAUAUUUCAGAUUGCAUCUCAGCACCAUGGUCACUAACUAAUUUUUGCAUCAGGAGGUUGUCAGAAUCACCAGGCACAGCAAGGUGAAUUAGGGUAGAAUAGGAAGCCUUUACUCUUUCUCACAGUUGAGGUUAAAGUAGUUACUGAACAGCAAAAAAUAUGAUUUUUUUCCUCCUCAUUUUUCUUUUGACAACAGACAUCUUUCAUGAGAUUAUUAUAAUCUUAGAAAAUGCCUGGUCGGAUGCAGUGGCUCACACUUGUAAUCCCAGUACUUUGGGAGGCCGAGGCAGGUGGAUCGCUUGAGUUCAAGAGUUCAAGACCAGCCUGGGCAAUGUGGCAAGACCCAGUUUCCACUGAAAAUACAAAAAAAUAGCCUGGUGUGAUGGUGCAUGCCUGUGGUCCCAGCUAUUCAGGAGACUGAGGUGGGAGGAUUGCUUGAGCCUGGAAAGCAGAGGUUGCAGUGAGCUGAUACUAUGCCACUGCACUCCAGCCUGGGUGAUAGAGUGAGACCCUGUGUAGAAAAAAAGAAAAAUAAAAUGCCACUAAUUGAAAAUAAUCCAUGUAGUAUACUUAGUAUAAAGUAUGUGCUCAGUUAAGUAGUAGCUUUAUUACUCAGAUGUGAGAAGAGGGCAAGUAUGUCAUAAAUCCUAAGACAAUUUUCUAAAAACAAAUUAGUAUCAAUACAAGUAUUUUAAGUCACACCAGAAUAAACACAAAAUUUAACCUGUAACAACUGUAUAACUACUGCCAAUUUCUGAUUUCAUUUUGUAUAUAUGGAUGAUAGAUUGUUUUGAUUUGUAUUUGUAUGUGUGUGUGUAUGUGUUUUUU